AUGGCGGAAUUCAGCGGAAUGUCCAAGGAGGAUCUGGAUAUCGUAUACCAGGGGAAGGGUGUGGAAAUCCCUUUCAACGCGUCCAGGAGCGUCAUGCAGGUGGCGCUCAAGAGCUGGGAAGAGUCUCAUCGGGUAGAGGUGGAAAACACUGACGACGUCAGCAUCACAGAGGACGACCCAACAGUGGCCCUUCGUACAGAACCGUGUUUUGCACACAAAUCACAUCUUGUUAUACAUAAGAGAAGUCACACAGAUGAAAAGCCAUUUUCUUGCUCUGAGUGUGGGAAAUGUUGUGCAAGUAAAUCACAUCUUGUUAUACAUCACAGAACUCACACAGAUGAGAAGCCAUUUUCUUGCUCUGAGUGUGGGAAAUGUUUUGCACGGAAAUCAGUUCUUUUUAUACAUCAAAGACAUCACACAGGUGAGAAGCCAUUUUCAUGUUCUGAGUGUGGGAAAUGUUUUGCACACAAAUCAUAUCUUGUUAUACAUCAGAGAAGUCACACAGGUGAAAAGCCAUUUUCUUGCUCUGAGUGUGGG